AUGGGGCUGGGGAGUGUCUAUGGGGUGUCUAUGGGGUGUCUAUGGGGCACCAUCAGCACCAUGGCAGAGGCUGCACACACCAUGCUCAGCCAGGACGUGCGGGUGUGGGUGUUCCCCGAGGGCACCAGGAACCACAGCGGGUCGAUGCUGUGGGGUGUCUGUCGGUGCGUGAUCGAGGUUCUGCCCCCGCUGCCCACGCGGGGCCUGGGCCCGGCCGACGUCCCCGCGCUGACCGAGCGCGUCCGCGCCGCCAUGCUGUGCGCCUUCGACGCCCUGAGCCACGAGCUGCGACCCACGGGGACCCACGGGGACACACAGAGCCCCACGGGGACCCAGGGAGACCCACGGGGACCCACGGGCACCCACGGGGACCCACAGGGACCCACCGGGACCCACGGAGACCCACAGAGCCCCACCGACACCCACGGCGACCCAGGGAGACCCACGGGGACCCACGGGGACCCAUGGGGACCCACCGGGACCCACGGCGACCCACAGAGCCCCACAGGCACCCACGGGGACCUAUGGGGACCCACGGACACCCACGGACACCCACGGCGACCCACCGGGACCCAGGGAGACCCACAGAGCCCCGCCGGGACCCACGGGGACCCACAGGGACCCAUGGACACCCACGGAGACCCACGGCGACCCAUGGACACCCACGGGGACCCACGGCGACCCACCGGGACCCACGGCGACCCACAGAGCCCCACAGGCACCCACAGGGACCUACGGGGACCCACGGACACCCACGGGGACCCACGGCGACCCACCGGGACCCAGGGAGACCCACAGAGCCCCAUGGGCACCCACGGCGACCCACGGGGACCCAUGGACACCCACGGGGACCCACGGAGCCCCACGGACCCCCAGGGAGACCCACAGCGCCCCACGGGCACCCACGGCGACCCACGGCAACCCACAGAGACCCAGGGUGACCCACAGCGCCCCAUGGAGACCCACGGGGACCCACAGAGCCCCACCGACACCCACGGCGACCCAUGGCGACCCACCGGCACCCACGGGGACCCACGGCGACCCACGGAGACCCAGGGAGACCCACGGCACCCCAUGGAGACCCACGGGGACCCACAGCGCCCCAUGGAGACCCACGGAGACCCACGGCACCCCACCGACCCCCAGGGAGACCCACGGCGACCCAGAAACCCCCAUGGUGACCCACAGCACCCCAGAGACCCCCACGGGGACCCACAGCGCCCCACGGACACCCACGGAGACCCACAGCGCCUCACCGACCCCCAGGGAGACCCACGGCACCCCACCGACCCCCACGGGGGCCCAUGGGGACCCACCGACCCCCACGGUGACCCCCAGCACCCCAGAGACCCCCACGGUGACCCACAGAGCCCCAGAGACCCCCAGGGAGACCCACAGCGCCCCACGGAUCCCCAGGGGGACCCACGGCACCCCACUGACCCCCACGGAGACCCCCGGGGACCCACAGACCCCCACGGAGACCCCCGGGGACCCUCGGAGCCCCACAGAGCCCCACAGUGA